AUUUGUUUUUUCGUAUAGUAAUUGGAACACUCUUGAUCACUAGGUGGUGCUGUUCAGCUACAUAUGAAGUCAUGUGAUCCGGUGUUUUUCUACGUCCAACAUCUGCUGCCGAUCAAAGAAGAGCUUCACAAUGAGAUGAUGACCCGUCCAGAUCAGGAGGAGCCAGAGAAUCCUCACAUUAAAGAGGAACAGGAAGAUCUCUGGGCCAAUCAGGAGGAAGAGCAGCUUCAUGACACGGAGGAGGCUGAUGAUGGAAAGUUCUCACUCAAUGUUGUUCAAGUGAAAACUGAAGAUGACCCAGAGAGUCCUCACAUCAAAGAGGAACACGAAGAUCUCUGGGCCAAUCAGGAGGAAGAGCAGCUUCAUGACACGGAGGAGGCUGAUGAUGGAAAGUUCUCACUCACUGUUGUUCAAGUGAAAACUGAAGAUGACCCAGAGAGUCCUCACAUCACAGAGGAACAGCAAGAUCUCUGGACCAAUCAGGAGGUCCAUGGCAACAAGUUCUCGCUCUCUAUCGUCCACGUGAAGACGGAAGACGAUGAGGACGAACUUCAGUCCUCACAGCUUCAUCAAAGUCAACCUGAGGACAGCAGAGAGGUGGAGCCUCCAGACACUGAUGGAGAUGAUCAUCUUCACUCCGAUAAAGAAGACAACGAGACUUCAAACUCGUCUGAGACUGAAGACAGUGAGGACGAUGGUUUGGAGGAGACCAGAGCUCCUGACCAACGUCAGCCUCACACAGGAGAGAAACUCUGUGGCUGUGACAUCUGUGGGAAAACAUUUGCCAAGAGGUCUAUUCUGAAGACCCACAUGAUGGUCCACACGGGAGAGAAACCAUUCAGCUGUGAUGUCUGUGGGAAAAGAUUUAUACAGAAGAGUUGUUUUAAGACCCACAUGAUGGUCCACACAGGAGAGAAACCCUUCAGCUGUGACGUCUGUGGGAGAAGAUUUACACUGAAGUCCAUUCUUAAGAGACACAUGAUGGUCCACACAGGGGAGAGACCGUGUCGCUGUGACGUCUGUGGGAAAAGAUUCACAAAGAAGGGUAAUCUGAACAGUCACAUGAUGGUCCACACCGGAGACAAACCGUGCAGCUGCGACGUUUGUGGGAAAAAAUUUACCAAAAAGUCGAAUCUUAAAAGACACAUGAUGGUCCACACGGAGGAGGAGUCGUGUUGCUGCGAUGUUUGUGGGAAGAGGUUCACACAAAAGAGUUCUCUGAAGAUCCACAUGAUGGUCCACACGGGAGAGAAACCGUGCGGCUGCGACAUCUGUGGGAAAAGAUUUAUACAGAAGAGUUGUUUUAAGACCCACAUGAUGGUCCACACAGGAGAGAAACCCUUCAGCUGUGACGUCUGUGGGAGAAGAUUUAUACAGAAGAGUUGUUUUAAGACCCACAUGAUGGUCCACACAGGAGAGAAACCAUUCAGCUGUGACGUCUGUGGGAGAAGAUUUACACUGAAGUCAAAUCUGACCAGUCACAUGAUGGUCCACACAGGAGAGAAACCAUUCAGCUGUGACGUCUGUGGGAGAAGAUUUACAAUGAAGUCAAAUCUGAACAGUCACAUGAUGGUCCAUUCAGAGGAGAAACCGCGUGGCCGUGGAAAAAGAUUUAUAAAUGAACCUCAUGAAACUGUGAUGUUUGUGUUAAAGGUUUCACCUCCAGUGACUGAAGCACACUCUAAAUCUCCUGCUCCGGCAAAAUCACUGAUUUUCUCUGUGGACUUCGAUGAAGAUUUAUUUAUUUACUACUCCUCUUCUGGUUCACAGUUUCUGCCGGUAGGUGGCGGUAAUACGAUGUUCGCCAAGCGCCAAACAUCUCCGGGGAAGAUGAAGGUGUCCCUGGUGACUUGCCAUACGACCUGGGGGCGGGGCCGAGACGUCCAACAUCUGCUGCUGAUCAAAGAAGAGCUUCACACUGAGAUGAUGACCCGUCCAGAUCAGGAGGAGCCAGAGAGUCCUCACAUCAAAGAGGAACAGGAAGAUCUCUGGACCAAUCAGGAGGAAGAGCAGCUUCAUGACACGGAGGAGGCUGAUGAUGGAAAGUUCUCACUCACUGUUGUUCAAGUGAAAACUGAAGAUGACUCAGAGAGUCCUCACAUCAAAGAGGAACAGGAAGAUCUCUGGACCAAUCAGGAGGUCCAUGGCAACAAGGACUCGCUCUCUAUCGUCCACGUGAAGACGGAAGAGGAUGAGGACGAACUUCAGUCCUCACAGCUUUAUCGAAGUCAACCUGAGGACAGCAGAGAGGCAGAGCCUCCAGACAUCGAUGGAGAUGAUCAUCUUCAUUUCGAUAAAGAAGACAACGAGACUUCAGAUUCGUGUGAGACUGAAGACAGUGAGGAUUAUGAGAAGGAGACCAGAGCUCCUGACCAACGUCAGCCUCACAGACACAAACAGAGAGUUUCUACAGGAGAGAAACCGUUUGUCUGCGACGUCUGUGGGAAAAGAUUCACAACAAAGAGUUACGCUAAGAGACACAUGGUGGUCCACACUGGAGAGAAACCAAUUUCCUGUGAAAUUUGUGGGAAAAUAUUUACACAAAACAGUUCUUUGACGACACACAUGAUGGUUCACACGGGAGAGAAACCAUGUCGCUGUGAAGUCUGUGGGAAAAGAUUCAGAAGGAAGGGUAAUCUGGAAGACCACAUGAUGGUCCACACAGGGGAGAAACUGUGUCGAUGUCAUGUUUGUGGGCUAGAAAUUACAAAUAAGUCUAAUCUUAAUAGACACAUGAUGGUCCACUCAGGAGAGGAAUUAUUUUGUUGUGAUGUUUGUGGGAAAAGAUUUACACAGAAUAGUUCUCUUAAGACUCACAUGAUGAUCCACACAGGAGAGAAACCAUACGGCUGCGUCGUCUGUGGGAAGAGAUUUACAAUCAAGUCAAAUCUGAACAGGCACACGACGGUCCACUCAGAGGAGAGAUCAUGUCGCUGUGACGUCUGCGGGAAAAGAUUUACACAGAAAAGGUGUCUGACCACACACAUGUUGGUCCAUAAAGAAGAGAGACCGUGCCAGUGCAGCGUCUGCGGGAAAAGAUUCACACUGAAGUCCUUUCUGAAGAGACACAUGAUGAUCCACACAGGAGAGAAACCAUUCAGCUGUGACGUCUGUGGGAAAAGCUUCACAAUGAAAGGUAAUCUGAACACUCACAUGAUGGUCCACACCGGAGACAAACCGUGUCGCUGCGACGUUUGUGGGAAAAAAAUAGUAAAGAAGUCAAAUCUUCAGAAACACAUGAAGACUCACACAGAGGAGUUGUGAUGUUCCUGCAGGAGAGAGAGAGAGAGAGAGAGAGAACAGAUAAAACUGUUCUGUGUGAACGACUGAUUUAACGUAAAGUCAUUUAUAAAUGUCCUGAGUCACAUGAUGGUCCAGACGGAGAGGAAACCCUGCAGCUGUGUCUCCACAGGUCCCUGAAGAUGACCUUUGACCUUCAUCAUCAGGCUCCUGUAGAUGUGAGAGUCUGUGGUGAAUUGAUCUUCUGGAGUGUGGACGCUGUGUCCUGCUCUAAAGUCACUGAAGAGACAGUCGUUAGUGUUGGAGACACCUGAGGUCACAUGAGACACGUGAUUUUAUCUCCUGGACUAAGAUGAAAGAACGUUGGUGCUGAUGGACCUGUGAACUGAUCGACUCUUCAGACCAGGACUCGGCUGUCCACCUACAUCUGCAGGACAGGGGACAUUUUUUAGGACACAGAUGUCCACAGUUUAGACAAAGAAAAGUCUUUAUCCACAUCAAACGUCCCAGAACGUGGACAAGUCAUCACGAUGAAACUGAAUCUUGAAUGAAUGAAUGAAUGAAAAAACACACAGUGGUGUUUUGACAUUUUCCCACUCGUUUCAUGGAUUCAUCUGCACUCUGCUCCCUAAAAUCCUGAAGAAACCCUAACCCAUAAACGUCAUAUCUGUUCUUUAUUCAUUGACCUUUGGCAAUGACAUGUUUGUGGGAAAGGACUUGUGCACUGGCGCCAUCUUCAGGACAACAUGUGUCAGUGUAGGAGCGAGGAAAACAUUUCUCACAGAAGAUGAAUAUAAACUGUUAACAUCAGAGGUUUCAAACUCGUGGCCUGAGGACCUCAUGCAGCUGACACUUACUAUAAAGUUCUAAUGAAAAAUGUAAACACGGUGCAUAAUCAAUGUUUUUAGGAUUAUAAUCGUCCAUUCAUCUUCUACCACUUUAUCCUCCACAUGAGGGUCACGGGGGUGCUGUGCCAAUCUCAGCUGACAUAGGGUGAAAGGCGGAGUCACAGCCUGGACAGGUCACAGGUCACCUGUCCAUCACAGGGACGUGUGGAGACAAACAACCGUCCACUCACCUGGAGAAAACACACACACACACGGGGAGAACAUGUGACCUCAAUAUUAAUCCUAUAUGAGGUUAUUUAUGUCAACAUAGUAAAAGUAUUAAAUUCAACAUAAAGUCAAAUCUGAGCUUGUCUAAGUUUUUAAUUACAAAUGUUCACAUGUUUUUAUUGAUUUAUGUUUUAUUUGUGUCUGUUUUUCUUUCAUUUUGCUUCAUAAACAUAUUUUUUCUGAGAUAGAAAUCGUUCCAUAUCCAAACAAACAAGUUUGCAUUAAUCACCCUGAACUUCACGACUGAUCAUAACAUUUAAAAUAAUAUAAAUUUGACUUCAAACUGGACUCCACUAAUGAACGGCUGAUUGUUUCAACACUGACCUCUCUCUGACCUCUCUCUGACCUCUCUCUGACCUCCCGCUGACCUCCCUCUGAC